GAAGAUGGGGUAGAAGAGGUGGUAAACGACUUGAAAGAAGAAGUUAGGAAAGAUAUAUUGGCAAGUUUGAAUGAUCUCAAGGAACAUUUAAAUUUGUUAAAAGUAGUUGAUGCAAUCCAACGUCUUGGCAUCGCAUAUUAUUUUGAAGAAGAGAUUAAUGAAGCCUUGCAACACAUCUACGAUGCUUAUGGUGACAACUGGAAUGGUGCCGGCUCUUCACUUUGGUUUCGACUCAUGCGGCAACAAGGCUUCUUUGUGGCAAGUGAUAUUUUCAAUACGUACAAGGACAAAGACGGAGCUUUUAAUGAGUCAUUAAAAAAUGAUGCUCAAGGUUUACUUGAGUUGUAUGAAGCUACGUAUUUGAGUAUACCAGGUGAGGCCAUUCUAGAUGAGGCUCUUGAUUUUACAAGAAAUCGUCUUGAUGACAUGGCAAACGAUCCUCUUUGGAGUCAUGACUCUAUUCUCUCUACUGAAAUAAAGGAAGCAUUAAAGCAACCUUUACGUAAAAGGUUGCCAAGACUUGAGGCAUUGCGCUACAUACCAUUCUACCAACGACAAACUUCUCAUAAUAAUUCGUUGCUAAAACUUGCCAAGUUAGGAUUCAACAUACUCCAAUCGUUGCACAAGAAAGAGCUAAACCAAAUAUCCAAAUGGUGGAAAGGCUACGAUGUUCCAAACAAUAUACCUUAUGCGAGAAAUAGACUGGUUGAAUGCUACUUUUGGUCUUUAGCAGUGUUCUUUGAGCCUCAAUAUUCUCAAUCUAGAAUGUUCUUUGCUAAAGUUUUUGCAUCGGCAACACUUUUGGAUGACACUUACGAUGCUUACGGUACUUAUGAAGAACUUCUUAUCUUUACCGAGAAACUCCAAAGGUGGUCAAUUACAUGUUUGGACGAGCUUCCAGAAAACAUGAAGCUUAUAUACCGAAUGUUCUUGAAUUUUUAUGAAGAUAUGGAGGAAAUCUUGGCAAAGAUGGGAAAAACCCAUCAUAUUAACUACAUUGUAGAGGCG